UAUGGCCAGAGAGCCAAACCAGGUGAUAGGCGGGAGUACGAGUCAUCAGUCGACGCCGAGGACGAGAUCCCCUGCUCCAUUCCUGUGCAAGACGUACGACCUCUUAGAGGAAGAAGAAGCCUUCGAUCAUGAGAGCCGCCGCUGUAAAAGAAUUGUGUCGUGGAACAGCGAGGGGAACGGAUUCGGCGUUUGGUGCCCUGAGGACUUCUCGCAGUUCAUCUUGCCCAGAUAUUUUAAGCACAAUAACUUCUCUAGCUUCAUUCGUCAGCUCAACACCUACGGAUUCAAGAAAUCUGCCUCGGACCGAUGGGAGUUCCAGCAUGAGAAGUUCCAAAAGGGACGUAGGCAGCUGCUUGUGGAGAUCACUAGAAAGAAGUGUGAGCCAAGUGUCUUCCCAGCUUUCCUCCAAGCCUCUACCAAAGACAAGGCCACCGCCGUUGACAAAACCAAACAUCUGCUGCUACGGGAGAAUGAGACCCUAAAGAAAGAGAAGUCCCAACUGCUAACGGAGAUAGCACAUUUCAAAGCACUAGAGACUAAGCUCCUGGAGUGCCUUUCCCAAUUCCCAAUACAUAGGUAGCCACAGUUGAGUAUAAAAUGAGAAAAGGAGAGUAACAGUAGAAGAAACCAAACACAUUCCUCUAACUUUGUAAUGGGGGUGGGGGGCAGGGAAAGAAAUUCUUGGUCUCCUUCCAAUCCAUACCCACAAAAUUCCAUCCCUGAAUCACUUUCAAGGUCGACUAGUCAACUGAGCAUAUAUGGAAAUUAAGCCUUUAUGAUGUACUUGGAAAUUACUUCAUGUAAGAAUUUUUUAAUGGGAUCUGAGUUUUCUUGUC